AUGACCGACAGGAAAGCACAGGAUGUUGACGUAUGCUUUUUAUCAGACGACCGUGGCAUGAACAUUUCCCAAGAUGGAAAUCCGAACAAAAAUACAUUUUUGGUACCGCAUCAAGAUGGAACAGGAAAUAGCGGUGAAGUAAUCCUAGUACGUCAGAAUUCAACUGAGCGGGGUGGAUGGAAUGGGAAAUUGGAAUUCAUGAUGACAUGUAUUGGUUAUGCUGUCGGUUUGGGAAAUGUUUGGCGUUUUCCAUACUUAUGUUUUAAAAAUGGUGGAGGUCAGUAAGAUUCUACUCGCAUAAGUAUUUGAAUUAUUUAUUAUGUUCAUUUAACUUUGUUUGCUCUGUAAAAAUAUUAUUGUGAAUUUUAUAUAACAGGACCAAAUUGCUUUGAAAAAAUAUUUGUAAAUUUUUAUAAGUGUUUCGUUCAUUCACGUCAAUUUGCUUUUUCGAACGAAAGCAUGGGUGUAUAUCAAUCUUAUCAAUGAAAUGUAUUUGCAUCAUAAUACCAAUUGACCAUAUUCUUUCUAAUUACAUGGAGAAGUCAUCCAUAUAGAAUAAAACUAUAGUUAUUUAAAUCAAUAUGAUCAAUAAAUGGCUUUGUGAAGAUUGUUCGAUGGUAUUAAGAUCCCAUACGGAUCUGAGUUGGACAACAAUUUAAAAGCUAGUGGGACUUGACAGCUACUUUGUCUAGAUAAGAUACUCCUCAAUUGAAUCAGGGACCUUAAUCCUCGCAGAAAAAUGCCCCAGUCUAAUUUCAAUCAAUCCUCUAAAAUGCGCGACGAUCCUCUAUUUCUUACAAUGUAUUACUGUGAUUUAAACUAUCAAAAUACCAUUUAAUAUAACGGUUCGGCACUAGGACGUUUUGUCACAGUCCAGAUGAUCAGUUUCAAUUUUAAAAAUAUUGGUUUCUAUGGUUGUGUUCC